UCGGCAAAAUAAUAUAUAACAGGCUUUCCAGCGCGCUGAUCCCCCAGACCAUACUUUCCUAUCCAGCUCUUAUGAAGGGAAUAUGGUUCCGAUUCGGAAUGGCAGUGGGUGUGGGUGCUCCGUGUCCACGUCCCAGGGCCCGUAGCAGGGUUGGGAGGGGGGGUAACAUUCGGACGCGAACACUUCCCAGGUCAGUCAGUCAGUCUGUAAAACAUGGCGGAGGAGACAGUGCUGCCUAUGAUGUUUUUAUUCCUCUUCCUGUUAAUGAAACGCCGCGCUGAGUUUGAGAGUGCGAGCAUCGAAAGGAGGAACGACACACAGAGGAGGCUGAGGCUGAGGCAGUAUUUCCAACAGCGGCAGAGGAAAAUGAUUUUGAUGGUGAUGGCACGUGGAGGUUGUAGGUGUAACUGUCGUACAAGAAUCUGGUGUAAGCCAAGAAGUUCAGACUGGUGGGAGCGUGUGGUUAUGAAGGACUUUCAGCCAAAUGAUUGGCUGGAAAAUUUCAGAAUGUCUAAGGAAACAUUUUUCCAUAUUUGUAAUAAGCUGAAACCCAUGGUUUCUCGUCGAAACACUCACCUACGUCCUGCACUCCCCCUGGAAAAGAGAGUUGCAGUAGCAUUUUGGCGACUUGCUACUAAUGUAGAAUAUCGAAUUAUUAGUCAUUUGUUUGGGAUAGGUCGAUCAACUGUCUGUAAAUGUGUACGAGAUGUAUGUCAUGCCAUUGUGUCUCUCUUAAAGCCUCUGUAUCUUAAGAUGCCCUCUAAUCAAGAAUUUGAAGCAAUAGCUCAGAUGUUUGGUCGAAAGUGGGAUUUUCCUCAAUGUGUUGGCGCCAUUGAUAGUUGCCAUAUACCUAUCAUUGCUCCCCCACAGUACCACAAAGAUUACCUAAACAAAAAGGGAUGGCAUUCAGUCGUGUUACAAGGUGUAGUUGAUGACAGUGGGAAUUUCUGGGAUGUGUGCACUGGAUUUUCUGGGAGUUCUCUUGAUACAAAAAUUCUGAGGAAUUCUGAUCUAUGGAGAAUGGCUACUGAAGGAAGGCUGUUCCCUGACUGCUCAAGAGAUAUUCUGAGAACGCCAGUGAAAUACCUACUGAUAGGCAGCUCUUCAUAUCCACUACAGGAGUGGCUCCUGAAGCCAUAUUCUGAAACAGCAAAACUAACACAGCAUCAACUUGUGUUUAACUACAGGUUAAGCCAAGCUCACACUGUGAUAGACGAUGCAUUUGGACGACUCAGAGCUCGUUGGCAAUGUCUUCUCAAGAGGAAUGACUGUAGCCUUGAACUUAUUCCAACAAUGAUCACUGCCUGUUGCAUUCUUCAUAACAUCUGUGAAAAGCAUAAUGAUGGUUUUAAUAAUGACUGGCUAGGUGUUCUUGAGCAGGAGGAAUUUCCUCAGCCAAACCAAGUAAUGUCAGAUAGUACAGUCGAUAGGCAAGCUGAAGAAAUUCGUCAGGUAUUGUCUACAUACUUUAUGAGUCAAGAGGAAAGCUAAGUGUUAGCUUGAGGUUGUCAUUGUAGCAUUUAUGGACACUGUAAAUAAUGUAAGAUUUUUCAAUUAGAUUUUCAUCAUUGAUUAGGAAUGCCUUGAUAUUGUAUACUGAUAUGCUGUAGCAAUAAACCUAUAAUGUUAUUUCCUUUUUUAUUGUAA